UUUGAACUUUAAAAUAAAAAUAAAAAACAAUCUCGUAGUGUGAUCAUCAUAUGCAUCCCCGUAAGCAAAUACAUAAAUUAAUAAGGAAUUUCGUACAAAUGUUCCUCUAUAAAUUCUUCACUACGCAAAACUACAACUUUCAUAAAUACACUUACAGCACAAGGGAAAAUCAAAGGGUAGUAAGAAAUGAGGGCGACACCAAAAGCAGAAAUUUGGAAGUCACCAAUACCAUAUCUCUUUGGUGGUUUGUCUUUGGUUCUUUUGCUUAUAGCUCUAGCAUUAUUCUCAUUGGUCUGCAUACACAAAAAGUCUCAUUCUUCUAACAAUACCUAUCCUGUCGAGGAAGAAGAAGACGCCGGAGACAACGAAGCUAAGACAGUUAUCGGAGAAUACUUACCUAAGAUCGUCGUGAUUUUGGCCGGAGAGGAUCAACCUACUUGUUUGGCCGUUCCGGUGAUUCACACAGUGUCUUCCGUUUAUCCUUGUAAAUGUGGCAUUGUUACUGUCCUCUCAAUCUAACUAUUAACAUAUUUUCGCUUUUGCCAAACAAAAAGAAAAUCUCAACUUUUAUAAUAAUAAUCGGCUAUUUUGUAAGAGUCGACUGUUUGGUGGAUUUUAAUUAGUACUCCAUAAUUUAACUUUUCUUUAAUGCUUUUAUGUAUUGAGUAUUUUGUGUUAAAAAAAAUGUAUUGAGUUUAAAUC